AUGAUUACCCUAGGAAUUUACAGAAGAGUAUUUGCCAAGAACAUACCAAAAGUCAGAUUCAAUUCUACUUUAGCUUCCUCCAACGGAUUAUCAUGGGUUGAGUACUUUCAAUUGAAAAAGCAAAAUAAUAGAAUCAAUGCCGUCAGUGGAAUUUUCACAGGUUUGGGAGGUGCAAUGUUAACACUCACCUACUUGGGAAACAUUGAAAUUGAUCUCGAAAAACCUAUGUUUGGAUUUGACCCUCUUAUGGUGAUGGGUGGUGGUGUCAUUGCUGGUGGACUUCUCGGUUAUUUGCUAGGACCAUUAGUGGGACAAGUUUUAUUCAAAACAUUGAACAGAUCAAAAUUGCAGGCGUUUGAAGUUAGAAAUAGUCAAUUUUUAUCAAAAUUAAAAGUAAAAAGACCUGACCCAUCAAGUCAAAGUUUCUCCAACCCAAUACCUGAUUAUUAUGGGGAAAGGAUUUACUCAUUGAAGGACUAUAGACAAUGGUUGAGAGACUGUAAUGCUUUCAGAAGAAAAGCAAAGGAAUUCAUUUGA